AUGUCCACCCUGCCAGCCAAAUUGGCACUGGCACAAGACAUUGCCGUUUAUGCCUUCGUGGAGUUGCCUCACAAUGGUGAUGACUUUUGGUGGGCAGGUAAACCAUUUGAGGGUCCACCAGACGGCUUCCCUGUUGACCGAGUCAAAGGCCAUGGCAAGGUCGAUGGAGGCCAUAGUCGUGGGAAUGUGAAGAACAGUGGCAUGAAGAACAGUGUAGUGAAGAACAGUGUAGGGAAGAACAGUGGAGUGAAGAACAAUGUAGGGAAGAACAGUGUAGGGAAGAACAGUGUAGUGAAGAACAGUGUAAUGAAGAACAGUGUAAUGAAGAACAGUGUAGUGAAGAACUGUGUAGUGAAGAACAGUGUAGUGAUGAACAGUGUAGGCAAGAACAGUGUAGUGAAGAACAGUGUAGUGAAGAACAGUGUAGGUAAGAACAGUGUAGUGAAGAACAGUGUAGUGAAGAACAGUGGAGUGAAGAACAGUGUAGUGAAGAACAGUGGAGUGAAGAACAGCGUAGGGAAGAACAGUGUAAUGAAGAACAGUGUAGGUAAGAACAGUGUAGUGAAGAACAGUGUAGUGAAGAACAGUGGAGUGAAGAACAGCGUAGGGAAGAACAGUGUAAUGAAGAACAGUGUAGUGAAGAACAGUGUAGUGAAGAACAGUGUAGUGAAGAACAGUGUAAUGAAGAACAGUGUAAUGAAGAACAGUGUAGUGAAGAACAGUUUAGUGAAGAACAGUGCAAUGAAAAACUGUGUAGUGAAGAACAGUGUAGUGAAGAACAGUGCAGUGAAGAACAGUAGUAGUGAAGAAAUAGGCCGAAGAACAGGGAAGAACAGUGCAACAACAGUGUAG